UCUUGACCUCUACAUGGCAUAAAUAUGCAUUAUUUUAACUUUGAUCACACAUCAAUCAUCAGUUCAGAGCGGAAAGACAUCAAAAUUUCGACGAAUGAAAUAAAGGUACUAACAGCAGUGGGAAACUUCAAGAAGAAAAACGGAAGACCUAAGUAAGUCUAGCGGUUAAGAUUCCUGGCUCUCAGCCAGGCGGCCCGGUGUUCGACUCCCGGCGCGUCACAAUUUUGCCCCCAAAUGCCCUGAUACGGCCUAGAGUGGGGAGAGUCAUCCCUCUCUCUCGAAAUGCUCUCACGUGGUCACGUGCAUACAACCACUAACUCGUGGCGGGAGUGUUGUUUACGAAAUUGAGAGGGCGAAAAGAGAAUGUCCAGCGUUUUAACUGGGUCGGUGGACACGGAGGGUUCACCUAGAGGAGUUGGAAAACCCUGAUUGCAAAUCAGUGGUGCACAUGGGCUCCAGUAUCGUGAAGGAACAAAUGGCGUAUGAACCAACCGUUGGUCACCGGCUACCAUGGGAUUGCAUCUCCUUAUGUUGCUCUACUGCCUUGUGGAUUAGACCUUUAGGUCGACGGCUCCGGGUGUGGCCACUAAGGAAACCACCUGCUUCGGUUUGGGCAAACGGGCAGUAUCCAGCCCUCACACAAAUCGAAUGAUUUGUGUGGCGAAUAUCUAUUUGGUGCAUCCUUAUACCAAUGUUUAUGUCUUUAAAUAAAUAAUAAGUAAAUAUAGCAAAUAAGAUGGAUAAAAUAUUACAGUAUUCAAUUUUUAUAGAAAGAUAAUAAUCAGACUCAUCUAUACUACUAUAAUCGGUUUUCAGAUGAUAACAUUUAGGGUCUUUGGCAGUUGAUUACAAUUAUCUCAUAUAUAGAUCUUAUUGUGAAAUAAGCUGACAUAUGUCUACAAUCAACAGUAGGUAAUUGUAUCUUCUCAAUAGUUCUCUCUGUAGUUAAUAUUAUUUCUUGUAUUUCGAUAUGCAUAAAAAUACUUUCAUUAUAUGUGCAUACGUAUUUUGAAAAGUGGGAUAAUAUUGUUAAUUUAUGUACGAAUACUUUUAUAUAUUUUAAUGAACUAUGUAUUUCUCCUUAUAUCUGGUACUAUUGUGUUUAAAAGUCAGCACGUAAAUGGGUGUAUGUUGUGAAUGCAUCUGAACGACUUGUUUUGGGGACAUCUUUUUGAUUAGUCAAUAAAUCUCUACGUGCCUCAAUCUUUUGUGUUCUUGCUUGUGGCAUAGAAAUUACAAUGGUUCUGGUUUCCGAAUACGUGCAGUAGGAUUGCGGAUUCAACAAAGGCGACAUGGACCUAACAUUUAACCUAUUUAAUAAUACCUGAUUACUUAUAAAUCUAGAAUUUUCCAGCAGAUAUAAAAUAUAGCAAGUAAAUCGACUGCAAAUUCUUGUUAUGAAUCGUUAUCAGAAAGGCAAUUGAUAUGACGAGAUCUGUAUCUCGUUAUUUAGUGUUCCGUAAGCAGUGACUAAUAGAUGUAUUGAGCGUUUCAUGUAUCAACUCGCUUGUAAACUGUCAAAAUAGAUGCCACCUUUACUUCAUUUAUUCAUUACUGCAAUUUUAAUUUGGUGCCUAGUCAGUGUAUUCUGUGAUUGGUUAGCUUGUGAAGACAGACGCAAUCUGAUACACUGUAUAAGUGAAUAAAUUAUGUUGUAGGAACCACUUCUGCUUACUUCAUACUUUCUGUCUUAAUAUACUCUUGUUGUUACGUAGUUCUAGUUACUUAAAUGGUCAAAUGGGUAUGACCGAUAGCACACGACUUGGUCGAAGCCCUAGUCCUAUAAAAACAAAAAAGUAUUUCAAUUUUGAUUAAUAAAUCAAAAAAAUCUUUGUAAAACUAGUGAAGUAUGAUAUAAUGUUGAUCUCAUUCAUUAAGGACUACUUAAUAAUAAAUUAAAACAUCCAAUAGUAUCGAAUACUAAAACUAAGGUACGCGAAGAAAUUUGUGGAUCUCAGUUAAAUCCAUAAAAUACAAGGUAAUAAUAUGUUUCAAAAUAAAUAGUGAAUGUUUGUAAUGUUCAAAUGAAUUGUAGAUAAAUUGGGUAGGAGUAAACGUUCAGUACCUGCUUCACUUUGGAUUAAUGAUAUAAACAUACUCAAUAAAGUUAGUGGUUAUUGUAAGAAUGUGUUCGAAAUGAUUACCAGCCACAAGCGUAUUACACCACAUGUAACAUCAAACUUUUCUAUUUCUCCCUAAUGGCUAAAACUUGACCACCAAUCUCAAUGAUUUCCCUCUCUCUUACAGCCACACCACAUUACAAAAAUCCUUGUGUUCUUAAAAGUCGCCAACUUCGUCACCGAUCUCAUCAGUUUUCUAAGAAUCUCCGGAAAACAACCAGACUGUCUACAUUAUACAGGUCCCAAGUUACCCCUAACUAUGUAAGUGAUCUGUUUCUUUGCAUUUGAUAUAUCCAACAUCUUUAUGUUUUAUCGAAAGCUAACUAUAUUUCUGCAAAACAAUUUUAUACGAUAAUCGAAUAGAAAACAUGCCUAAGUAGUUGAUUUGAUGUAUUUUGAAAUACAACUUUAUGAACAAGUUUAGAACCUCGUUUAUAGUUAUAGAACAAUUGAUUUACAGUCCUAUUAUGCAAUGUCCUAUCACUGGUUAAGUAAAAAUGAAGUGUAUACUAUAUAUAUCUAUGAGGCAAAUUAUCACACUUCAAAUUAACAUCAUAAUAGCCUAAAAUUUUUGCCAAAUCAAUGCACUCAUACAUAGUGGAUAAAAGCAGAAUUAUUGUUACUGUGUGUUAUACACGGAUGAAAGGACCGUCCAGUACUUCCAGGUUUUCAGUCGUUCAUGAUUUCAAUGAAAUUCAAUAAUCUCCAUAACCCCAUACUGUAAAUUUUAUUAUCUGUUUCUCAUCUUUUUAAUCAGUGUGUAAUAAUAAAUAGUUUUUUUGUUAUAUCCCAAUGAGUGAAAAAUUGUAUUUCCGAUGUCUCAUGACUGUAUGUAAGCCACUUCCUCGGAGUAAAUAAAUAACCGAAGAAGUGGCUCAUAUUAAGUCACGAAACAUUAGAAAUGCAAUUCUCCACUUGCUGGGAUAUAACAAUAAAAUGUAUUUAUUAUUAACUUUCUACCUAAUGCUCGGUGUAUUUGAAACUACAAAGUCCAACCUUGGGAUUAAUACUUACAGUAUGUAAGUCCUUCAACUACUUUUUUUCCUCAAAAUAUCCUCAAAGUCAAUACCGCUGACAGUACAUGUAUUAAUCUUUAAAUGUAAAGACGAAAUCCAUACAUUUCUCUUUCGUCUUAUCAUAAACACACUUUGUGGAUAAAAUGGUCAAAUGUUCUUCAAACUUUUGUUCAUCAAAAUAUGUAAAUAGUUUUCCUUUUCUUCUUAUUCCUUAAACAGUAUUUCUUUUUUCCUUCCCUACUUAUAUUAUUCACUAGAAAUGGAAAUUGCGGUCAACAGAAGAUUCUGUUGGAAUUCGAUUAGUUUCUUCACUUGAUUUCGAUAGAGAUCCAGAAGCGAAACUAUCACAGACUCCACAUUGGGUUUAUACUUAUGCAUCAAGAUAUGAAAAGUGAGCUUUCCCUACUCAUUCUUCUUUUCUAGUUUAUGAUAAUUCACAGGAAUUUCUUUGUCAGUUUGUUUUUCGUGAUCUAUCACAUUUGUUAUUAUUUCAAAUGAAAAUCUCACUUCAUAUUAUAAUUACAUUACUGUGUCAUAUAUUGGUGAUAGUCGUUUAGAUAAAUAUGUCAGCAUUUUAUGCUGUUAUUUAAACAGUGCUGCUGUAGUGAACAAGAACACCAGUGGGGACAAUCAAAUGUAUUUGACUCAAAAUUACAGGACUUGUUAAUAAAAUCUAACAAUCAAAUAGUAAAUACGUAAUUUGAAAAUGUCCAUCAGUUCUCUCAUAAUGACUCAGACUUCAUUGUUCUUGCAUUUUCAUACAAGUCGCAUUCUGUUUCCAUUCUUUACUGUUCGAUCCCUUUGUCUUUCUGCUGCCAGACCUUCUGUUCACGAGUAACGUCAUAUACUACUUAUGUCAGUAUAAGUAGCACACACCACACUGCCACCAAUCUUAAUUUCAUCAGUUAUAUAUUUUGUCAUGUAUAUUUAUCAUUGUUUGGGAAGAAGGUCCUGUUUACUCAGAUGCUAACCAUUAAUUAAUGUAAUAACUGUCAGAUGACAACAUGGAAAAAGUUACUUCAAUACUAAAUCUCACUUGUAGUACUGUAUCAGUAGCUGUGUAAACAGAAAUAUCGUACCAGGUACUAUCUAGCGUCUAGCUAUGUAUCACAAUAUUGCAAGAGUUCAGCAAUUACUUGAAUAAGUUGGUGGUUGUAUUUGGGAUAUAUAAUUAUCCUAAGUGCUAUGCUAGUAAUUUGCAUUUAAUUGUUAGUCACACCACUUGAAAGUCCCCCCAAAGGGCAAUUACUUGCAACCAGUUAUACAUAACCUUCUUGUGAAUAAUAUCGGUUUCGUUAGCUGCGUGCUUUCCAAAAUUUUCUACCGUUGUUUAAAAUCCAUGGUCGACAUUUUCGCAUGUUCAUAUCUAGUUAACAUUAAUAAAAUGACUUCAAUCAAAUAGAUUUUAUUGGUCAAGGAAAAUGAAUCAAAAAUCUAGUUUUUAUAAACCAUUUAAAAUUGAAGUUGCUAACACCGAACCCUCUUGCUUUAAGUGAGCAGCGAACAUUUUCAUAUAACAUGCGUUCUUUUUAAUAAGUUUUAUGGGAAUUAAUCUGAAAGCCUCCUUUAUCUAAAAGUAGAUAUUUCGAUAAUUUCUAAUAGUAACUUUUUACUUUUAAAUUUUCUAUUUUAGAAGUGAAAUGAAAUCUCAUUUGUUACUUGGAGAUGUCUUACGAAUUUUAUAUUUAUUACUAGUAAAUCGUAGAAAUCAAUUAGUUUUAAGAAAUGUUUUAAAACACUGUCGACAUUAUUGUCGUAGAAUACCUUCAGGUGAUAUUCAUAUUUAUACAUCAACUGGUUUAUCACCGUUAAGAUCGAUUUCUUUACCACACUAUUCAUGCACCAUUUCAAAAUCUACUCCACUAUUUAUUGUACACUGGUAUUCUGAUAAUAUUUUAAAAGAAAUAUUAACUGUUACGUAUAGUUGUUUGCCAUUACAUGAAACUUGGUACGAUUGUUGUCCAAAAAUGUUACUGCAUACAUUAUCAUAUUUAAUUUUUAAACCAGAUGCAAAAAAGCGUAUUUUAAGCUUUGCAAAAACCUUCUCUAUUAAACCUGGACAAAUGCCAAGUGCGUUUUCAUUGUUGCCAAUAAUGCGAACAAACGAGAACGAUUCUACGAAAUGUUCAUCACUUGAUAACCUACAUAGUGGCCAUCAUGAUUUGGAAUUGUAUACAAAGUUAUCUGAUUGUCUUCCAAAAUCACUUACAACUAUAUUGAAAACGAAUUUUGGUUUGCCCGUUUAUCAUAUUGCAGGAUUUGGACUGCUUAUUAAUUCUUUUCAUAACACUUGCAUUCAUGUUUUCACUGAUACCAAGCCUAGUGUGCAUUAUAAUUUGAAUGUCCCGUUGAAUGAACAGUUAUCCGUUAAUUUGUUCAUUAUCAUGCAACAUUUACAUCAAGCUGUAUCUGUUUGUUUGUGCAGACUACGUGAUUCUUAUGCAUCGCUUAUGUCAGCUGGUGCCUGUCUAAGAGCAAGAUAUGAACUUUCAAAAACCCACUGUAACGAUACUCAGCAACUGUCUUAUUUACGUAUUGCUCGAGGUCGCGCACGUCUUUUCGAAUCAGAAGCCGUUGCUCGAGAUAAUAUUGGUCGCAUAUUUAAUGAAGAGGUUAACCCUCAUAUUCUUAAUCUAAUAAACCUAUUGGAACGUAUAUACCAUAGUUUACGUCACUUAACUGGAAAUACUUUCUUAUUUGGUCCAUUUUACAAUCAGAAUAUUAUGUCUUGCAAUGACGGAAACUUGACUUUACUAAACUCCAAACAAUGGGUUGUCGAGUCGCUCAAAUAUGUGAAAAAAUUAGUUCAUUUGUCAAAUGUAAUACCAAAGUUUAACUUUUCUCUCUUUAUUGAAACAUCUUUUCAUCUAUUAGAAUAUCUAACUAUUGAUGUAACUAGACAUCUUCAUUUAGUUAUGGAAAAAGUGUUAUCUUUCAAGAAUCAACUAUCGCAGACCUAUACAUCCAUUACUAAUUCUUGGAUUCCAGCUUACAAAGGUUUAUCCACUGAAGUUAAUUCACGUGCUGAUAUUGACUUGAAGUAUUUCUUUUCGUCACUGCAAAGCCAGUAUGAUGUAAUUGAGGUUUGGGCUCGACGUCAGCAUGAAACAGAAUUAAGAUCUAUUGGUAACGAAAUGAUAAACCUUCUCAAGAUACUUGCUAAAUGCUGGAAUUGUCAGUGGCUAUAUAGAAAUUUGAAGUUACCAUGUCCUGUUUUAAGUAUUCCAUAUGGUUCCAAAAAUAAUUCAUCUCAUUUAUUUCUGAAAGAACCUGGCAUAAUUUCGUUAUCGUCUUGGCCACCAGUUCAUCCCAGUUUUAUUCUUACUCAACAUAUAGUCCAAACAAACUCACAGGAACACACCAAUCAGAACGUUAGUUCUCUCAGCAAUGAUACACAGGAGUUUGUCUACUCAAAACUGACAUUUUCGCAAGAUACUUCGACUAGAAUAUCCAGUUCUAACCUAAAAACAGAAUUACCUUCCAUCGUUAAUAAUAAAAGCCAUAAGGCUGGUGCAUGUCAUUUUUCACCGAGCAAUAAUUUUGUUUGUGAAACGCUGUCUGGUGAGCAGGUUAGUGUUACUUCAGAUUUAAGUGUUAAAUCUCCUGUACCGCAAACUGUCAGUUAUCAUUUUCCUAGCUGUCCACCUGAUAUAAAUAUUUUCACCCCUUCUGACCAAUUUCUUCCAGUUGAUAGCACGACAAAUACAUCCACGUUUGCAUCAUCAGAUCUUCGCAGUCAUCGAACUACUGGAAAAUUAUCAACUACUAAAAAUUUACUUACUCAGCCGACUUUAAAAAACAACUCGAAUUUGCUGAACUCAGAUAUUAGAGAAACUAACUACCAUGAUUCAUCUUUUGUUAGUGUAAGUAAUCCUUUAGUUACUGACGUCAGUAACAGUAGUCUGGAGUUUGAUUUAACAGACACCAAUAAAAAAUCGUCUAAAGAAGCAACACUGGUGGAAUCAUGUGUUCAAAAUUUGUGUGAACCUUGCCAGAAUCACCCUACAUCCAUUUUGAGUGACAAUGAAUCAAAAAAAGAUGCCUAUUCAGUUGAUACACAAUAUUGUAAUGCUCAUAGUGAGACUAAUGUUAAUCAAGAUUAUCAGAUUACAGAUGAUAUUUCACCACCUGUCGAGUGCUUACUCACAGUCUCUCAAGAUAAUGACCCAUUAUUUCAGAACAAUGUACGAAUAUCAUAUACACCAACUUUCAAGAACUUGAUAGCAUGCGAUACCAAUCAAAUCGAGAACGGCUAUUCAGAUCAGUCUUCAGUUGUAGUAAAUCAUCCGAUCAUAUCUCCAAAUGUUGCAAAUACAGUCAUUUCAAACUCAUCAACCUUAUCGAACUCACUACAAAAGACUUGUAAUGGACAUGCUAAAAUACCCCCACAUACAUCUCCAUCCAUUUGUGAUAAAGAUAUCAUCACUGAAAAUAGAGUUUUUCCUACUAUUUCUCCCAAGAAUGCUGAUAUUGAGAACUCAAAGUCCAAAUUUUCUCAGCCCCCACGAGAUGUUCACGAUCGGAAUGGUUCGCUAGAUGAAAGUGUUCCCAUCUCAGGUUCGAAGUCUGAUCUACCCAUUUCCUCAAGCUCAUACGACCCAGUCUCCACAAAUUCCAAAACUUGUGAUCAUCACGCAAUGAAUCCCUUUUCGGGAGAUGCUUUUGCUAAAUCACAAAGAUGUUCAUGUCCUCCUCUAGAAGAAAAUAAGGCUAGUAAUAAUUUCAGUUUCGUUAAUAAUAAAACGAGUGAGCUAGUAGGAUCUACUGACAUGUGUAAAAAGCAGUCGAAAGAAAAAUCUGUUAAAAAAGUGUGUAUUUACCUACCGGAUAAUGCUAUUACUAAUUCUCCUACUAAAGAUAUUGUGUCUCAUUGUAAUAGUGAAGAAAAUCAUGAAGUAUCCGACGAACCAGAUAAUUGUAUAAUAUCCCUUGACAGACGACGAGCUGGGAAGCUUAAACGAAGGUUAAAAAAAAUUAACCACUCGACAUUCGAAAUACAAACAUCCACUACUUCCUCCGAUACCUCAGACACUUCUCAAAUCAUUCUUGUAAAUAACAGCGAAAGAGCUUCCAAAGAUAUACAAGCAAUGAAUAAUAUAUGUUACAAGCCGAUCACUAACAGUAUUUCGUUUGAGGGAACUCUGCUCAAUUCAUAUAAUUUAACUAACAUCGAUGAAACCCACUCAGUAAAUAACAUCAAACCUGUUACUCCUUGGCCAAAAGAGAAAUCUUUGCAUCCGCAAGCUCCUGGUCCAGUCACAGCCGCUAUAUUAGGCCAGUCUGUUCCCGUAUUAUCUUCUGAUAUUUCAAUUGAUCUAACUGUUGAUGAUUAAAAUAGGCUUAGUUUUAACAUUAAAUAGCAUGUAAACUAAGUUCCGAUCAGAACAUCCACUACUUACAAAAAUUUGUGUAUAAUCUUGUACAUAUUUAUUGCUCUCCAAUUCUAUACCAAGAUUCAUUUUGUGCAUUUCACUGAAUUUUACUCUGCGUCAACUAUUUUUAUAGCUUCAUUUUAUGAUACAUUUAUUUAAUUUUACAGGGUUUUAAUUAUGUAACGAAUUCCUUGUGGCAUAAUUUUUUGUCAAUUUUACCAAUAAAAUAGUUCAUUUUCUUGAGUGUGUUGCCUCAUCCCUGGGUUUUCAUGCUCUGAAACUGACCGCAAAUAACUUAAGACAUGGAUAUGUACCGGCUCGUUACCACAUUGGAUUAUCUGAGAAAUUCAACAAAGAGGAGUCAGAAUGAAAAUAGCAGUGGACAAACUAAACUGGAUGAGUAUUUGAAAUAUAUGAAUUAAUUCAUUAAUAUAAACUACGUAAUAAUGCUAAACUCAAGAGUAAGAAGAAUGAGAACUGCAACUAAUUUAUUGCUUUAUCAUCCAGACUUUGAACAGUUAUCUGUUAAGCCUGAAUGAGGAGGUGUAGACCUCCCCAC